AUGGCAACAUACACCGUCCAGCAGGGCGACUACAUGUGGAAGAUAGCCAACGACCAUGGCAUCUCACUAGACGCACUCAUCGCAGCCAACCCGCAAGUCGCAGAUCCCGCCGCGAUCGAGUGUGGCCAAGUCCUGAACCUGCCCGGAAAUCCUGCUGGCGGAGAUCGUGCUCCUCCGCCCGCUGAGUCCGCUGCACCCGCUUCCGCCCCCGCCCCGUCAGCGGGGACCGAGCGCGGGGUGGUUAACAUCGCUUCCGCCGUGCCUGGUCUACAGAGAGGCAUCUACGGACGCAACUAUCAGCCAGCGGAUAUCCCAGCAAACCACCUAACUCACAUCCUCUACUCGUUCGCCAAUGUCCGCCCUGAGACUGGUGAAGUUUACCUAUCGGACACCUACUCAGAUCUAGAAAAGCACUACCCCGAAGAUUCCUGGAAUGACACCGGAAACAAUGUCUACGGGUGCAUCAAGCAACUCUUCCUCCUCAAGAAGCAGCAUCGCCAUUUCCACACCCUCCUCUCCAUCGGUGGCUGGACGUACUCUUCUAACUUCGCUGCCCCAGCAUCCACGUCUCAGGGCCGCGAGACCUUUGCCCGCUCUGCUGUCAAGCUAGUUGCCGACCUAGGAUUCGACGGCAUUGAUAUUGACUGGGAAUACCCCAAGGAUGCCACUGAGGCGCAAAACUUCGUACUCCUUCUCGAAGCUACCAGGUAUGAGCUGGACAAGUUCUCUGCAGAAGUCGUCCGGCGUCCGGAUGGUGGUAGGCUGCUGUUAACGGUUGCUGCUCCGUGCGGAGAAUCCAAUUAUGCUCAACUUCGCAUGGCGGAGAUGGAUCGCUACCUUGACUUUUGGAACAUGAUGUGCUAUGAUUUUGCUGGCAGCUGGGGUUCUACCGCAGGCCAUCAAGCAAAUCUUUACCUGUCUAGAGAUAAUCCGGCAUCUACCGCGUUCUCUAUCGAUGCUGCACUUAAUGCAUACAUGGCUGGCGGUGUCCAUCCGUCAAAAAUCAUCUGCGGCCUGCCCCUCUACGGUCGUGCGUUUGAGCAGACGGACGGACCAGGUAAGCCAUUCCAGGGCGUUGGUGAGGGUUCGUGGGAAAACGGUAUCUGGGACUAUAAUGCUCUUCCCAAGGAUGGAGCAGAGGAGUAUAACGAUGAGUAUCUGGUGGCCAGCUGGAGUUACUCUGCUAGCCAGAGAAAGAUGAUCAGCUAUGACACGCCUCUGAUCACCUGGAAGAAGACCGAGUAUAUCAGACAAACUGGGCUAGGUGGAGCCAUGUGGUGGGAGCUGAGUGGUGAUCAUCCCAUUAACCAUGAGCGGAGCCUUAUCAAGACUGUGGUUGAUGGAUUUGGUGGUACUGGUGCGCUGGAGAUGCGGGAGAAUAACCUGAAUUACCCCACGAGCGAGUAUGAUAAUUUGAGGAACGGAUUCCCUUAA